AUGGCUAACAAGUCUGCUAAGUCAAAUCAAAAGCCUAUUCCUGUGACCUUGCUCUCAGGAUUCUUGGGUUCAGGUAAGACCACCCUCUUGGAACACAUUCUUACUAAAGAUCAUGGCCUUAAGAUUGCCGUUAUCAUCAAUGAUAUGUCCCAGUUGAACAUCGAUGCUGACUUGGUUCAGAACCAUCGUGUUUCUCAAAAGGAGGAGAAAUUGGUUCAGCUUCAAAACGGUUGUAUCUGUUGCACAUUGAGAGGUGACCUUUUGGAAGAAUUGGUUUCCCUUGCUAAAGAUAGUGCUUUCGAAUAUAUCGUUAUUGAAUCUACUGGUAUUUCUGAACCAAUGCAAGUUGCUGAAACUUUCACUACUGAGUUCACCAACAUGUACCUUGACAACCAGGAAGGCAUUACCGCUGAGGACGAAAAAAUUUUGAAAGAAAUCAAGGACUUGGGUGGACUUGAAAAGGUUGCUAAAUUAGAUACUUGUGUCACUGUUAUUGACGGUAAAAACUUCUACCACAACUUGGAAACCACCGAGUUCCUUGUUGACCGUUUUGGUUCUUCUGGUCAAAACGAAGAAGAGAGAACCAUCUGUGACCUUAUGGUUGACCAAAUCGAAUUCGCCGAUGUCAUCAUCGUUAACAAGAUCGACUUGGUUAACAAAAAACAAAAGAAGAAGAUCUUCAAGACUAUUAAAUCUCUUAACCCUGUUGCCAAGGUUAUCAGAACUAACUACAGUCGUGUUGAUGUUACCGAUGUUGUUGGCACCGGCCUCUUUGAUUUCGAGAAGGCUUCUUCCUCCGCUGGUUGGUUGCAGAGUCUUCACGAGAUGACCAAGAGAGAGGCUUACGGCAACAAACUUACUCCUAAGCCAGAGACUGAGGAGUACGGUAUCAACAACUUCGUGUACAAGUCUAGAAAGCCUUUCCACCCAGAGAGACUCUACAAGCUUAUCAGAGAUAAGUUCGUCGUGAUUGAGCUGUCUGGCCUUGCUGACGAAAAUGGCGAGGAAGGCCAGGUUGAGGAUGGUGAAGAAGAAGAAGAAGAGGAAGAGGAAGAAGAAGAAGAAGAAGAAGAGGAAGAAGAAGAGGACGACGAGAUUGAGAUUGAUGGUGAGAACUUCGUCGACCCAUCUGAGGAGCAAAUCAUCAAGACCAAGAAGAACUCCAAGUUUGGUCCAGUCUUGCGUUCCAAGGGUUUCUUCUGGCUUGCUUCCCGUCACAUCAUCCGUGGUGAAUGGUCUUCUGCUGGUCCUAUGCUUACCAUGCGUGGAGGUAUUCCAUGGUUCGCCGUUGCCGGUAAGGAGUUCUACCCACCAGAGGCCCAGAUGCUCAUUGACAGAGACAUGCAAGGCAGAUUUGGUGACCGUAGAAACGAGAUUGUCUUCAUCGGUUUGAGCAUUGACCAGGAGGCCAUCACUAAGGAGCUCGACAAGUGUUUGCUCAACGACGAAGAGUACAAGGUCUACGAGAGACUCACGAGAGACAAGAACCUCUUCAAGAUUGAGAAGGCCUUGCAAAACGAGUUUGUCGACGGUUUUGCACUGUGGAUCGCUUUCGACGAGCCAGAUGCACCAGAGGAGGAGCCAAAGUUGGCAGCUCCAGAAAUCCACAACGGGCAUGUCCACAAGCCAAAGGCUGUGGCCGGUAAGAGUUAG